UUUUUUUUUUUUUUGUGGGGUAAAAAAAAUGCUGCAUGAAAGAAGAAACACAUUGCCUGUUUCAUUACAUUGCCCCAACCGCACUUUUAGAUUUGUAGUCGAUAAUAAUUCAGGAGGACGGCUCUCAGAACCCUUUGAUUUCACGGAACAUUGGGAAUAUCUGAAUAUGGUCAGGGUCAAAUAACGAUUUCAGAAGCUCCAAAGAUCGAAACCCUGAGAGCAACCUAUCAGGUUUGAUCUUCGGAGAGUGAAUAUGUUUGGGUGCAAGUGUUUUUGUUGGAGCAGAGUCGCCGAUCGCCUGCCGUCGGAGCCGGAGACCUUCUCGCUGCCGGCCCCGAUGCCCCAAUGGCCUCAAGGUCAAGGGUUUGCUACCGGCAAAAUAAAUCUAGGAGAACUGGAAGCUAUCAAAAUCACCAAGUUUGAGUCCAUUUGGGGCUAUGAUUUGUUGCAGGACAAGAAAAAGGACAUCACAUUUUAUAAACCAGUAGGAAUACCAGAUGGAUUUUAUAGUCUCGGCCACUACUGCCAAUCCAAUGACCGUCCUUUAAAAGGAUUUGUUCUUGCAGCUAGGGAAGUGGCCUCUGCUGAGCCAGAAGCAGCUCAUGUUUGUAACCCAGAGAAAUCACCAGCUCUUCAGAGACCUGUUGAUUAUACAUUAGUUUGGAGUCCUUAUGAAGGGAGUGAUGAAAUUUAUGUUGCUGGUUACUUCUGGCUACCUCAGCCACCAAAGGGUUAUAAAGCUUCGGGCUUUCUAGUUACCAGCAAGCCAGACAAGCCAGACUUGGAGGAAGUGAGAUGUGUUCGAGCAGACCUGACCGAUGAAUGUGAAACACAUCGCUUAAUACUUAAUACAAGUUCUAAGUUUCCAAAGUUUCCUUUUCGAGUCUGGACGACAAGACCGUUUCAUCGGGGGAUGCAAGGGAAAGGAGUAUCUGUAGGGACAUUUUUCUGUAGCAGCUACUGGACCUCUGGCGAACUGUCUAUUGCAUGCUUAAAGAACAUGAAUGUCACUCUGCAUGCAAUGCCAAGCCUUGAUCAGAUCCAUGCACUUAUCCAUCAUUAUGGGCCCACUGUUUUUUUUCAUCCUGAUGAGGUUUAUUUGCCAUCUUCUGUUUCAUGGUUUUUUAAAAAUGGUGCACUGCUGUACAGAACUGGUGAGUUGAAUGGUGAGGCCAUUGAUGCUAGUGGUUCAAAUUUGCCUGCUGGUGGGACAAAUGACGGGGAAUACUGGAUAGACCUGCCAAGUGAUGAUUGGAAAGAUAGUGUUAAACAUGGGAACCUGGAGAGUGCAGUACUUUAUGUUCAUGUAAAGCCAGCUUUGGGUGGGACUUUCACUGAUAUUGUAAUGUGGGUUUUUUGUCCCUUCAAUGGGCCAGCCACUCUCAAGGUUGGGAUUAUGAAUAUUGCUCUCAGCAAAAUUGGACAGCAUGUGGGUGACUGGGAGCAUUUCACACUUCGUAUAAGCAACUUCACUGGAGAGCUUUGGAGUGUAUACUUCUCACAGCACAGUGGUGGGGAAUGGGUGGAUGCUUGUGAUUUGGAGUUCAUGGAGGGGAAUAAAUGUAUUGUUUACUCAUCAAAAGGUGGACAUGCAAGCUUUCCUCAUCCUGGGAGCUACCUUCAGGGGUCGACCAAGCUUGGGAUUGGAGUGAGGAACGAUGCUACUUGUAGCAACCUGUUUGUGGAUUCAAGCAUUCAAUAUGAAAUUAUUGCAGCAGAGUAUCUAGAUGAUAGGGUUGUUCCUGAGCCAGGUUGGCUGCAGUUUAUGAGAGAAUGGGGUCCAACUGUUGUAUAUGAUUCAAGAACUGAGCUGGAUAAGAUAAUUGGUCUUUUGCCACUGAUGUUCAAAUAUUCUGUGGAAAACAUUUUUGAUAAGUUUCCAGUUGAGCUUUAUGGAGAGGAAGGUCCUACUGGGCCUAAGGAGAAGAACAACUGGGUGGGAGACGAAAGAUCCUAGGCUUGUUUGAGAUUUCCACCCUUUUGUAGAGUAAGUGUUCUUCACAUGCUGUUGUUAGAUUGAUAUUACAUUAGUUCAAUUAAUUAUUCAGAAUUGAAGGUAAUCCUGUUGUAAGUUGUAGCUGUUGCGUCAUUCUUGUAUUAAAAAAUUUCAGGAUUAGCAGAAAGUCCUGCUAGAGUUUCCCUUUGUGUUAAGUAUGGUAGGAAGGGAUAAACAAAGGAAAUUUCUUUCGUUUUAAAGUUUAGGUUUGCUUAUGCUGUAUAGCAUCAUGAUGGACAGUUUCGGGAUUGUAAAUAUAUUAGAAACAUUUAAAUGUCAAGAGAUGUAGUAUUGAGAUAGGUUUUCUACAGCAUUGUGUAUCCAUUUACAAUGUAUUAAGAUGAUUUCUACCUUUCUGGGA